UCCUUCGCCUGCCAUUCAGCGCCUUACACACCCGAAUCGUCUCAGCUCACCCUCGAUUCACGCCCAGAGACGGAUACCCGCAGUGAUUAUGCUUCACUUGCGCAUCGCUCCUUUACCUUUUGUUCCUUUCGGAGUCACUCAGGCCUCGGAAAGAUGAACAACGGCUCAGCUAAAGGCGUCAAGUUUGUCGGCUCCGACGCUUCGGGGCUUCCUCUCAAGCGGAAGCAGGUCCAGCAAGCCUGUGAAUCAUGUCGCAAAAAGAAGAAACGUUGCAUCCACGCCGAGGUUGCACCGGUAGAGCUCGCGCACGCAAAUGCGCAUGAUGGGCCUGCAGGAUCCUCGCCGGCCAAAGACGUACACCUGGUCUCAUCCACCGGCUCACCCACCAAGCACCGCAACUCAACGGCGGCACCUGAUGAUGGUGCGCUGUCCAAAUCGCCCUCCCGCCGCGAAUCGGCCACGACAGGCCAGCCGGAUCAUGCGCAGACCCCUCAAACACGGUUCGUGGGCGACCUCAACCCGGAGGGCAUGUUCACCGAAGCCGCCGAUCCAGCGGCGGCGGCGGACCCUAUUCAAAAGGCAGAGGUGGGUGUAUGGCUUCCGUCCGUGAACGCAACAUCCGCCCAGUCGACUGCCAGCGUUGUGUCGCGCCCACCAGCCAUGAUCGACAAGGCGUUGCUGCCCUUCGUAAAGGAGACUUGCCUCAAGUGCGUGCCGUCAGAGAGGGAUUUCAGACACCUGCACAGGGUGUAUCGAGAGAAGAUUCACCCCAUCUUCGCCCUGGUCCCGGAAGACCUCUUAGAUGAUGGUGAUUCUCCAGCCGCUAUUGUCAUGCGCCAGGUCGUCUCUCUGGCAGCUGCCGCCGACCCUGAGAUGAAGAGCCAUCUGCGCCUCGCCAACCAAGGCAAUAAGAAGCUGUCUUACCAAGACUUCUCGCAGAUGCUGUCGGGGUCUGUCCAAACCAUCCUGGAGACGAGCCUGAUUUCGGACCGGACAGUGCAUAUUCGCGCUCUCUGCAUGCUGUCGCUGUACGUUCAACCUUCGAGCGCCGACGAGGCGGAUUUGCCCGCUCGACUGGGUGCCAGAGCAGCCCACCACUCUCAGACCCUCGGCUUGCAUCUUUUCCACUCCAGUGACGAUACGCUAGAUACCCUGUUUUGUGCCGUGUGGGCUCUCGACCGUAUCAACGCCGCAUCGUACGGAAGACCCUGCGUCCUGCACGAGGGAGACAUCGGGCCUGGUCUCGAUGACUGCUUUCGUAGGCAAGCGCCGUGCUUCCGACUCUUUUUGUCGGUUGUGCAGUGGCUGGACAAGGUAAUUGAACUGUACAGGCCAGGCGUCAUCGCUCAGUCUCUUGAAAGCAAGCCGUUUAUUGACCUGCCGGUGCUGGAGCCCAUGAUCCUGGAAGCCGAGGCCUUGCAGGUUUCCACGCCGCUCCUCGCGACCAUCGAAGUCUUUUACCACGCCGUCAUCAUCCUAUCGUGCCGUCUGUCUAGGCCUGGCCCGCCAGCGCAGUACGCCUCGUCCAUCCCACCUGCUUCGGCAAACGCCCGUCGCUCCCUGGCGGCCGAGCGCAUAUCUUCAGCCAUCCGUCGGGAUCACCUGAGCCCCGUGCCUCUCGUCCCCUACGCCCUCUCCCUCGCGCUGAGCGUCGAAUACAGGAAGAUGCGGCACAGCGCGCUGCCCAUGUUUCGAGCCCGCGCCCGCAGUGCCUUCAAGUCCAACUCGGAGCUGAUGAAACGCUUCGGUGACGUGUACUGGAGCGCGAGGGUGGUCGCCGGGCUGGGUGAGCGCAUCCUGAGAGAGAUGGAGAGGGCGGCCAACUCGAUUGCCCAGGGAACAGCAGGGCCACUUGCGACGUCGUCCAUCACGGACGUUCCCACGACCGCAAGGACCGAGGAGGUUGCCUCUGUGGCUGCGGCGCCGGAUGCAGUAUCGCAGGCCGCAGCGGUGCCGGCAGUAACAGCCUCGACGACCGAGUUCCCGCCGCUGGACGCCAUUGAUUUCUCGGCCGUCGAUGCUAUGCCGCAUCUGGACGUAUUUGGCCAUUUUGACCCGAGUUUCAACUUGCCGGCGGUGGACAAUGCGCUGGAAGCUAACCUCGACAUCGGGCUUCCGCUGAACUGGGGCGAAUGGGAUCACUUUGCCAGCUGAGGACCAGUCUUGUGACGGAGACAUUGAACGUGGAGGAGUCCGACGGCUCGUUGACAAACUCUUCCGAUGAAUGUAGAUCCAGAUUCGGGACGGUGGGUCGACGUCGGUGAUGCGCUCAUGCACGUACCAAGAGGAGAGUGCCCCCGUGAUCUAUGGACCAGCGCGUCGUCUAAUGAGCGAAGUCGGCUUAAUUGACACAGCGAGAUAUGGUGAUGGUUCCUGACUCCAGGCGCUCGCCGCGAGGUCCACGUGUCUACAACAUCAGGAUCUAGCCCGACCAGUUUUGUAUUCCGUCUCAUCCGGAUGUCGGGUAGAGUACAGCUGGAUCAUGGUUACACACCGCCCUGCCCCUGGGUGUAUUGACAUGGGUCGGCACCGUCUCAUUAUGCGAAGCCGAAGUACUUCGCCCAUCAUGAUCAGCAGCACAUCGUUUGCUGCUGGAUGCCAGACUCGCCCAUCAAGCGAAUCCUCAGAAGUAAGCAAGGAAGAGAGGGAAAGGUGAUGGGACAUGUUCAUGUUCCUCGCUGGGCUCUCUGGUCACCUUUAUUUCUGGAGUUCUGUCAACCUACACGCUCCAUUCGUAAGUCGAGCAAGUUCUCGGCCCCGUCUUGAGCUGCGAGAGCAAUAAAAUC